AAAAGCAUGUCAUUGAGAAAAUUGGGAAUGUAUUGAACGAUCUUUGAAUGUAAAAAAUGGUGAGCGCAAAUAAGAAAAUUUGUAGAAUUAAAAUAUCCUGAUAAGAAUAAUGAAAGAAGGAAGGAAAGAAACGAACAAAUCCGUGGAAGUACAACUGGGUUCGAGGCUUCAUAUAAAUACAGCCAUAUUCUUCAAAUUACCGGCAGUCAUUGCGCGAAUCUUGUGAUGUAGAGUUCUUCGGUCAACAAGAAGAAGUAUUGAGAAAGCAUUCACUUUGGCCGAGAAUGCCGGUGAAAGUCGAUGUAAUUCCACCGCCGCCUGCUAAUUCGAAGCAGCCGGGUGUUACCAAAUCUUUGCUCUACAACGGUUCGCGCUUUCAAGGAUCGCAAAAGUCCAAGGGCAAUAGUUACGACGUUGAAGUUGUUUUACAGCAUGUGGAUGAGGAAAACAGCUACUUAUGUGGUUAUCUUAAAAUAAAAGGUCUUACAGAAGAAUUCCCCACAUUAACCACAUUCUUUGAUGGUGAAAUUAUUUCCAAAAAAUAUCCAUUUUUAACUCGUAAAUGGGAUGCGGAUGAAGAUGUCGAUAAGAAACAUUGGAGUAAAUUUGAAUCUUUCUGUCAAUACGCCAAAACUUUUAACUCUGACACAUUUGAUUAUGAGGCAUUAAAAGGGACAGAUUUUGUGUUUAUGAGAUGGAAGGAGCAUUUUUUAGUUCCUGACCAUACUAUUAAAGAUAUUAAUGGAGCUUCAUUCGCAGGCUUUUAUUAUAUUUGCUUCCAAAAGUCUGCAGCAACAAUCGAAGGUUUUUAUUAUCACCGAAGUUCUGAAUGGUAUCAAUCAUUGAAUUUAAGGCACGUUCCAGAACACAGUAUACAAAUCUAUGAAUUCAGGUGAAAUCCAUGCUUUUACUAUAUUGCCUCUCUAAAUUCAUAUGUUUUCUGUCCCAGCAUACAGAUCUCAUAAAAGUCCUUGGUAUUCAAAUUAUUCAUAUAUUCAUUUCUAAAAGAUAUAUUUAUUAAUCUUACAUUUACUAAUUCGAAUCUUGUUAAAUUUGAGUUAUGUCCGCUAUAAAUCUCCUCACAGAACGCAUCCGCUCACCCGAAUAAAUGAGUAUGGUCGUUUUUAAUUCUGACAUAUAAUAUAUGAUGUGUACUAUAUUGCUUGAUAUAAUUAUCAAAAUGAUGAGUAGAGUGCCUCUAUGAGAGAUAUUUAAUUCAAACAAUUAUUUAUAUAGAUAUUCAUUGUGUGAGGCACUUUAAUCAAAUAAAUUAAUUGAUACUUUUUGUCAAUUAAUUGUUGAUUAUUUAAUAUUCAUAUAUUCUACAACGAAGGCUAACUUCUUUGUCAUUGUUGCAUGAAAUAAUCUCGUCAAAUUCUGGUACGUUUAUUGUUAUUUAAUCUAUUCUUUGAAAAUUGUUUAAAGCAGAAUUAAAUGAUACAAAAGUAAUAGUUAUAUAUAUGUAUAUGAUAUAUAUCUGAUAUUUAGAAUUAUAUAGAAUACCUAUAUUAUGCAGUUUGGUUUUUGUUUCAAGCGUUACAAGUUUUAUUCUUAUACCUUUUCGAUGUUAAAACUUUAAAACUGCAAAACUGCUUCCCCUUUUUUUUUAGCAAUGUCAAAUUUAUCGUUCAUUCUUUUAAGGAGUAUUUAUGAGAUCUGCUUGCUCACAUAGGUAUGAUCGUGUUACGAUGAGAGUGUAAUAUUUGAUUUAUAUUUGAAUGAAUGACAUUUAAUGUGUGAAAAAGCCAAGGAAAGCUACUAUAUAAGAAUACAUUUAAUUUCAGUCAUUCAAAACAUCCAUGCAUACGAUUUUAAAUAUUUUAUUCGAUUCAUAGUUUAUUGGCAUAAGAAUGGUGUGACGAUAAUAUAUAUAUAUAUAUAUAUUAUCAUAAAAAUCUUAAAAUACUUCAGCGAAAAAAGGUUGCUUACAUCUGCAUCUCAAUGUUGAUUAACUACUUGGAUCAUAACACAGACAGUGACAAAAUAUUUCUCUUAUUGUCAAAAUGAAAUAUUAAUUGAUGCUAAUAAUAACGUUCUUUUUCCUUUGUAGUGAAACAUAGGAACUUAAGGAUUAGCAACCUUUCUUUGUCAAAUAUUUCUCUUUUAUUACAUUUGAGAUUAGAACAUAUAACAAAAUUUAUAUUUACUUGUUAUUCUUAAGAAAAUGUUUUUAGACAAAAAGUAUCAAAUAUCUUCAGGCAUUUUCCAAUUACAAAAACACUAUAUAAUCAUACUUGUUAAAAAUUUACAAUUAUUUUGUCAUCGUCGAUGUAUCAUUAAAUGUGCCUUUUAAUUGGAAAAUGCCCCUUUUAUCUUAUACUCUUCCACUUUUCAAAGUUCUUUUGAAAAAUCAUUUUCCGAUAGAAAAAUUUCCAUUUUAGACACGACCGCAAGGAGCGUGUUUUAUUUAUGGUUGUACUUAGAAGGUGUAUUUUUCAAAAGUAGCAAUAACAAAUUGUAUUAUUUGUACGUAAUAUAUGGCAGAAGAUGUUUGUGUUUAAUAACAAAUCUACUAUAUUAGAGAAUCAAUAGGUAGUUACAAAAUCGAUAAGUUGCAAAAAUGCACACAUUCAAACAUUUUCUGUUAUUUUUUUCGAAAUAUUUUAUUAUUGUUAUUGUAUUAGUUUUUUCUUAUUUCAUUUUAUUUUAUUUAUAUUAUCCCAUUAAAAAAAGAUAUGUCCCUAAAAUGUUAGACCCACAUCCGUUAUAUUUGGCAAUAAGUAUUUUUUAAAUAUUAAAAUUAUUUUUUACAUAUUUAUUUUUAUUUAUAUAAUUUUAUUUUUUGUUUUUUUAAUGUUUUAUUUUACAAAAAUCAAAAUUUACAUAUGGAAUAGCAUAUACCAACAAGAUUAUGUAGAAUCUCUUUCGAUUUCUCCGUUAUUAUAUUAAUAAUUUAUCCAUUUUUGUCUAGUUCUACAUAUAAUGAAUAUAUUAGAUUAUAUUCCUUGUAUACCUGAGUGAUUAUUGCGUAUUCUUUUACAAAAUAACAUCGUAAAUCACUCAUUAAAUGUGAAUUGAAUAGAUUAAUAGUAUCACAAGCUGGUAAGAUUAAUAUGAUGAAAAAUUGAUUUAUUUUUAAAUGGUUGUAUUUUAUUCAAAAUUUAUAUAUGUGAUUUUUAAAUACUUUUUAUUUAAUUGAGACAAUUUAUGCUUAUGAAAUAGAAGAUAUUGUUUUGUAUUAUAAUUAUUUAAAUAUUCUUCGUGUGUAAAUUGCAAUUUUAAAUCAAACAAUCAAAACCUACAAAUGAUUCGAUUGAUAAAAAUCUGUAUACGUAGACGUAGCGCUACAAUCUUAUUGUUAACAAAUGAAUUUAACUAAUGCUAUUGCAUAAAAAUAAGAAUUAGUUUCUAGCAUAAUAGUAGAAAAUCAUAAUUUUUUAAAUGUAUAACAGAGUGUUAUGUGGAUUAUCCUGAUGUAAAAUUGCCCAUAAUUUUCACAAAAAUUUAAUAAAAAUACAUCUUAAAAAGUA